AUGACUCGGGUCAAGCCCGGCGAGCGGAAACGGGCCAAGGCCCCUAAAGUGCGCACUGGAUGUACGUCAACGGGCCGUGUAUGUGAUGGCUUCGACCCUCUGCCCAGCGACCACUCCAACAGCAACGGGGCCAGCAAUGGGCGCUUCGUUGCCGUUACUCACCGGCCAACUGGACGCAUGUCCAUGUCGGCUUUGUCGUCGGCGCCGAGUCCAUCGUUGUCGACGCACCGGAUCUCGCCGUCGUCCUAUGGCGAUCCCUUGGAAGCACGCUCUCUGCUCUACUUUACCGAACGCACCAUCGGACAGUUCCAGGCGUUCUUCCCCGACGAGUUCUGGAACAGCCACGUGCUGCAGUUUGCCCUGUCGCAAGACUGCAUUCGGCACGCCCUCGUGUCGCUGUCCGCCCACCAUGAACGCUACUCGCGGCCGCACGCCGACGGCGUGCCGGCCAUCAGCAGUGCCACCACGAACCCCAGCAACAUGGCCAUAUUCGCCAAGGUGGGUUCGUCCGACAUGAACGCCAACAUGGAUGCCGACCGCGCGUUCGCCUUCAAACAGCACAAUCUCGCGAUCAAGUCGCUGCUGGCCUGCGGCGACCCCAGCAAAGCGCUGCACGUGCACCUCGUGUCGUGCUUGAUUUUUAUUUGCAUUGAAGCUCUGCAAGGCGAGCUGCUCUCAGCAAUCCGCCUGUUCAAGCACGGCCUCUCCAUGAUUGAGGAGCUGAACCGGCGGACAGGCAUCCUGGGGCCGACGACAACGGGGCCAUCGUCGACAGACACUGCGGCGGGCAACGCGCCAGGCGCACAAAAGUCAGCCUCCGCCGGCACACCUGCAUCCACGGCGUCUUCUUCUGCAUCUACAUCAUCUACCGCGACAGCAUCUACUUCUGCAUCCUCUUCAUCUACGGCAUCGUUGCCGCAGACACCACAGGCCGUAGACCCUUCUCCGACCACUCCUUCGUUUUCAGAUAGUAUCGUCAAUGCUGUUGUCGCUUUUCUCAACCGGUUUGCCGUCCAAGUGGCGCUGCUGGUCGGCGACAUCGACCCCGACCUGAACAUUGGCGUCAUGGCCGGCGUCAGCCGCAAACCGACGCUGUCGCCUGACACGCGCUUCCAUUCGCUGCUGGAAGCCCGCGAGAGCAUCCUGAACCUGGCCAUCCACGUGCUCUCGGGCGCGCCCCGCGCCCGCUUUGGCGACGGCUUCCUGGAGUCGGCCGUGCUCAUGCUCGGCUGGUGGACCGCCGCGUUUGACCAGAUGGUGGCCGAGCGGGGGCCGUCGCUGUCGCCGCGCGGCAUCGCGCUCUUGGAGCUGCACAAGCGGUAUCUGGCCGCCCACCUCAAAGUGCCCAACCCCACCAACAGCGACGACCGCUGGAUGAACUACGUGACCGAGUUCGCCGAGGUCGUGUCGUGGGCCGAGCGGGCGCUGCAGCCGGAACCGGAUGCCGCCGGCGCCAAGGAGACCGCGCUGCCCACGUUCCACAUGGACCUGGGCGUCAUCCCCGUCAUGUUCUCGACGGUCCUGCGCUGCCGCGACCCCGUCGUGCGCCGCCGCGCGCUGGCCGUCCUGCGCAACAACCGUCUGCAGGAAGGCAUCUGGGACAGUUCCUUGACACUACGAGUGGCGGAGCGAAUUGUUAUGCUCGAGGAAAGCAGCGUGGCGGCGGCGGCGGCGGCGGCGGCAGGCAUGGCCCGCAAGCCGCAGCGGGUCAAAAGCGUCCAGGUGCGCAUGGACCCGGACGAGAAGGUGGCUACGCUUGAGUACGGGCUGGAGGACGAUAAAUUUGAGGAAGUACUCGACUGGUAG